CAACCCUCAAUAACUGCUCCAUCUGUUAUUGAGUGGUUGUGGUACACAGUGUUACUUCUAUACAGUUAUUCUCUCUCUGUCGACAUCAGAAUUCUUCUGCCUUGAGGUGUAGCAGUAACUGAAUGUCAUCAUGGUCCAGACAUGGCACCUGGGAGCAUGCGUGUCUCUUCUGCUUCUCAUAAAUAUCACAAGCGCAAACGUAAUCCCACUCCGAGAAUUACAUUUCAAUCCUGACCGUUAUUCCGAAAGUCGUGGAACUCGUGCUGAUGAGGAUUACCAUUUGCCAAAAACAGUUAAACCAGAAUUCUAUAAAAUAACACUAACACCAAAUUUUGAUAACUUUACUUUUAUUGGUACAGUAGAUAUCACUGUAAGCGCACCAAAUGGAACAGACUCUAUCAGUCUUCAUUAUGACAAAAUUACUGUUGAUACAGUGAUCGUGAGUUGUAACAAUGUAGAAAUACCUUUAAACGAUAGUUAUGUAGAAGCCACAAAUAUUUUCACACUCGAAUUAGAGACACCACUCAUAUCUGAAGAAAGCUGCAUAAUUCACAUUGACUACGAAGGUGUCCUCCAUGAUGACAUGGCUGGUUUCUAUAGAAGUUCUUAUACAACUGCUGAUGGUGAAGAAAGGUGGCUUGCUGCAACACAAUUUGAGCCCACAGAUGCUCGUAGGGCUUUCCCAUGUUUUGACGAACCUGGACUGAAAGCUGCCUUCCAAAUCAACAUUAGAAGAACUAAGGACUUGAAAUCAAUCAGUAAUAUGAAUUUGCUGUCCUCAAAAGACACUGCGGAUGGUUUAGUAGAAGACUCAUUUGCUGUAUCACCACUGAUGUCCACCUAUCUGGUAGCCUUCAUAGUCUCAGACUUCAAACAGCUGUCUCUAAAUGAUGACCAUCAUUUGUACCGCAUUUGGGUAAAAGGAGAUGCCUUAACACAAGCCAGUUACAGUAUGUCUAUCAGCCCUGGCAUUAUCGAGUUUAUGGAAAACUUCACUGCAAUUCAAUAUAAAUUUCCAAAACUGGAUCAAGCAGCAGUACCUGACUUUGCAGCUGGUGCCAUGGAAAACUGGGGUCUUGUUACAUACAGAGAGAGACUGUUGCUGUACUCAGAAGGCACUUCAACAAGUUCCAACAAACAAAACAUUGCUUCAGUGAUUGCUCAUGAGUUUGCACAUCAGUGGUUUGGCGACCUGGUCAGUCCCCAAUGGUGGGAUUACCUCUGGCUGAAUGAAGGCUUCGCUACUUACUUUGAGUUCUUUGCCACUCAAGCGGUGGAGCCUAACUGGCGUCUAGAUCAUCAGUUUGUAGUGAAUGCACACCAGAAUGCGCUAGCAGCUGAUUCUUCAGCUACAACCCAUCCUAUAACAGCUUCAGUGCAUACCCCUGCACAAAUCAAUUCCAUUUUUGAUACCAUCUCAUAUGAUAAAGCUGGUUCCAUCAUCAGGACUGCAGAGCACUUCCUGACACAUAACACAUUUGUGAAGGGACUCAGAAGAUACUUAGGAAUAAAAGCAUUUGAAGCUGCAACAGCCGAUGACCUUUUUGAUGCACUAGCCACACAGGCAGAUGCUGACAACAUUUUCCAAAAUGACACUGAUUUGAAUGUUAAAACCAUCCUGAAGUCCUGGACUGAACAAGCAGGGUAUCCUUACAUCACUGUACAAAGAACAGAAAAUGGCAUUCACAUCAGUCAGAAAAAAUUCCUAAUCAGUGGAGAGACUGAAGAAGAGCCAGCAACAACUUGGUGGGUGCCCAUCACAUACACUACAAAUAACAGUAUCGACUUUGAAAACACUGCACCAAAAGUGUGGCUAAGAAAUAUAAGCGAAGAUGAUAUAGAACUUACACUUGCUGACAAUGAAUGGGUUAUUCUUAACAUUCAAGAAACAGCAUUUUAUCGUGUGAUUUACGAUGAUGUGAACUACGAGCUUCUGAAAGAUUACCUCAAUUCCGAUAACUAUAUAAACAUCCACCCUCUGAAUAGAGCACAGCUGCUGGAUGAUUCUCUGUAUCUUGCCCGAGCUGGUCUCCUAAGCUACUCCACAGCCCUUGACCUAACCACAUAUCUAGCUGCUGAAACCGAUUUCGUCCCAUGGGUAUCAUUCUACAGGGCUCUCACAUUCCUCAACACAAGAUUUGCUGGAACUGAAGAUUAUGAUUUAUUCAAGAAUUAUGUUCUGCAGUUGAUACAAAAUCUGUAUAGAUCUGUUGGAUUUAAUGCAUUAGAAUAUGAUGAACAUCCCACAAAGUUGAUACGAGUCACCACUUUGACUUGGGCUUGUAAUUUUAAUUAUGACCUGUGUCUCAACAGUGCCUCAGCACUAUUCAGAACCUGGACAGAUAGUACAAGCAGAAUUAAUAGGAUUCCACCAGACCUCAGGAGUGUCGUGUAUUGUUCAGCUGUAAGCAAUGGUGGAGUAGAUGAGUGGGCCUUCCUUUAUGACGAGUUCUUGAAAUCUAAGGUAGCAAGUGACCAGGUUCUCAUUCUGUCUGCCCUUGGAUGCACAAGAGAUGUAACUCUGCUGAGGCAGUAUCUUACUAUUGCCAUCACACCAGAAUCAAAAAUCAGAUUGCAAGAUGCACAGACUGUUUUCUCUGCAGUGUACAGCAGACCAGAAGGAGUUGAUGUGGCAUUCGAUUUCCUCUCAAAUAAUUUUGUUGCAGUUCAACAAUAUUUUGCAUCUACAAGUGGUCUUAGAAACAUCAUCUCUGGAAUAGCAUCUCGAAUGACAACACAUGCCCAACAUCAAAAGCUCAGUGACUUCGUUUCUCAACAUGAAACAGAUCUGGGAUCUGCUCUUGCAGCAGCUAAAGCUGCUGUGGAAACUGUAACAGCAAAUCUUGCAUGGUUUGAUAAGUACAGACAAGAUAUUUCAGAAUGGAUGGUAGCAUAUACUGAGACUACCACCAGUGGCCCGACUACCACCACUGGCCCAACUACCACCACUGGCCAAACUACCACCACUGGCCCACCUACCAGUGAAACUCCUAUAACAACUACGGAUGCUGGAACCUCUCUAUCAUGCAACCCCCUUAUCAGUAUUAUCAUUUUGACUGGAUAUAUGGAACUGGAAGUUCAAAUAUGGGGACCAGUGAUUUCAGCAGGAAUUCAUACAGUCUUGAUACAGUGUAUGCAUAUUGCACUCAGAAGAACAAAUGGAGCAGAUGUCACAUUCACACCAUUUCGUCUGUUACUCACCAGAACAAUCAUGGCAACCAUUACAUAUAUGAUUGUUUUACUACUGUACAUGAUGCCAAGAGUAACAGCUAUGAUGCCAGAAGGCAGACUUCAAGCUACGCAGGUUAAAGCUUCAGACAACAGUUACCGCUUACCAAAAACUGCUGGACCCAUUUCAUACGAAGUCUAUCUCAAACCUGAUUUUGAAUCUUUCACGUUUGAAGGUGAUGUGAAAAUCAGAGUACAAGUAUUUGAAGACACAGAUACUAUUACCCUACAUAGUAACAGACAAACCAUAAGCAACAUCACAGUUACAAAUAACAAUGAAGUUAUACUGAGCACAAGCGAAGCAAAUAUUGACAGUGAAAAGCAUUUCCUAGUCAUAAGCAGUGAAUCAAAGUUUUUAAAAGGCACUGAAUACACCAUAAAUAUAGCUUUCACAGGAAUUCUUUCUGAAGAUAUGAACGGAUUCUACCGGAGCUCAUAUACCAUUGGAAACGAAAUAAGAUGGCUUGCAGCAACUCAGUUUGAGUCCACACACGCAAGAAGCGCUUUCCCUUGCUUCGACGAGCCCGAAUUCAAAGCUAAAUUCAAGAUCACGAUAGACACUCCACCAGAUUAUCACUCUCUAAGCAACAUGCCUACACCUGCGGCAUCGGAGCCUGAUGAAUCUGGUUGGAGAAAAUAUGAAUUUGCAGAAACAGAACUGAUGUCAACAUACUUGGUGGCAUUUAUAGUGUCAGAUUUUGAAAGUCUGAAAAGUAAUGCCCCGUACAGUUUCUCUGCAUGGGCUCGUCCAAAUGCUAUCGAGAAUGCCGAAUACAGUCAAACAAUUGGGCCUCCACUCGUGAACUUCUAUGAAAAUUACACAGGUAUAGAAUACAAGUUUCCCAAAAUCGACCAAGUAGCCGUGCCUGAUUUUGCUGCUGGAGCAAUGGAAAACUGGGGCCUCAUUACAUAUAGGGAAACAGGACUGCUGUAUUAUGAUGGAAUAUCUACAGAAAGUAACAAGAAAUCAACAGCUCUUGUUAUUGCCCAUGAACUUGCUCACAUGUGGUUUGGUAACUUGGUUACUCUCCAAUGGUGGGAUUACACAUGGCUGAAUGAAGGAUUCGCCCGUUUAUUUCAGUACCUUUCAACAGAUACAGUGGAAACAGAAUGGAGACUCAUGGAGCAAUUUGUGGUGGAUCAGCAACACACAGUGUUUGCAAAUGAUGCUCUCCUAAGUGCCCAGCCUCUAACCAGCGAGUCAAACACACCUGCAGAGAUAUCAGCUAAAUUUGGUACCAUCACUUAUAGCAAAGGUGGCUCUGUGUUAAGAAUGUUGAGGCAUAUCCUCACACCAGAAACCUUCCAAAAAGGAGUACAAAGAUAUCUAACUACACAUUCAUGGCAUAAUACAGUACCAGAGGAUCUUUUUAAUGCAUUGGAAGAACAAAGAAUAGAAGAUAACAUUAACACACACCACCCAGUGCACCAUUUCUUUGAGCCCUGGACUAUACAACCUGGGUACCCGGUCAUAAAAGUUGUGAGAGAAAAUGGCAAAAUUAGUGUGACACAGGAAAGAUUUCUUCUGAAAGACAAUGAAAAUAGUGAACUGAAAUGGUUUGUACCACUAACAUGGACAAGGGAGUCAGAGGCUCCUGAAGGAUUUCAAUCCACAGAACCAAAAGAAUGGCUCCAUCCCACCGAUACACCAACAGAACUGAACAUAGAAAUAAGUCCCGAAGAGUGGAUAAUAUUCAACAAUCAGGAAACAGGUUAUUACCGGGUAAACUAUGACUCUGAGAGCUGGCGACUCAUUAGCGAUGGUCUGCAUGCUAACCAUGACAGUAUUCAUCCUGUGAACAGAGCACAACUGUUGGAUGAUGCACUUAACCUCGCCCGAGCUGGAAAAUUAGACUAUUCAACGGCCCUUCAAGUGACAGUGUACCUUCACCAUGACCAUGACUAUAUUCCUUGGACUGCUGCACUUAAUGCCUUCUCUUUCCUUGACAGAAGGCUUACUAAUGAUCAAGGACAUACAGAUUUCAAGGACUAUGUUUUAUCCCAACUUCAACAUGUGUAUGAGACACUAGGCUUUCAAGAACAGGACAGUGACAACCAAGUAACAUUACUGUUCAGGGUCAGUGUACUAACAUGGGCCUGUCGCCUUGGUCUGCAAGAAUGUAUCGACACAGCUGUGAGCAUGUUUAAACAGUACCAAGAAAAUACAGAAAACAACAGAAUUCCUGCAAAUCUGAGACGUCUAGUUUUCUGCACAGCCUUAGAACAUGAAGGGGAAGAGGAGUGGAACUUCCUCUGGGAACGCUACCAAGAAUCAAUCAUCACUACUGAACAAGUAACCAUUCUCUCAGCUCUGGGUUGCACCAAAAAUGAAGAACUCCUAAAGCAGUACCUGGAAAAGUCAAUUAACAGUAACUCUGGAAUCCGAAAGCAAGAUGCAGCCAGCGUGUUCUCAUCUGUGUAUAGCAAUCCUGAUGGAGUAGCAACAGCCUUCGAUUUCCUCAAAAAUAACUUCAAUGAAAUUGCUAACAAUUAUGGAGGGAUGAAUGCCGUUGCCAACAGCAUAACUGGUAUUGCAGGAAGACUGACCACAGUAGAACAAGUUAACGAUCUUGAAACAUUCAUCAAUGCUAAUUCUGAAGCACUUGGAUCUGCAGCUGAGUCUGGAAGGAAUGCAGUAGAGGCUGCUAAAGCAGACGUGGAAUGGACCAGUAAGCACAAGAAUGGAAUUCUAACUUGGUUAAGAAACAGACAGAAUUCAGGGGAUGGAAGUGCAAACAUUGUUAUAAACAUAACUGUAAUAACCACAGCAUUCCUUGUAGCAUUACUUACAUAAUACCCAUAUUUUCAUUCAUAUUCAUAUUUUAAGAAUCAUUUUUAAAAAUCAAUUUUAGAUUUAGUUUUAACCUAACUAUUAAAUUUGUUUUACCCUAACUGUUAUUUUUACUGUUUAAUCACAUGUAUGAUUGUUGUUUGAAUCAAUGUCUAGUCUAGUCUAGCUGAGGAAUUGAAUAUAUAUAAAAAGUAACCUUUUAUGAACCAUAUGUACAUAAAAUUGGAAUGCAAGCACUACAGUUCAGUGGUUGAGUGUGUAGAUUUGCAGUAUCUAAUGAUGGCCAAUUAGGGUCGAAACAUGUAGUCUUAUAUGUCAAUAAACAAUUGUUGCGUUGACAGUAGAAUUUAUA